CACAUACCUUUUUGUGACAUUUAAGACGAAAUGUACAGAGUAUCUGAAAAUGGAUAAAAUACUUCGAUAUUUAUUUAUUUUGAUAAAUCUACAGCACAUUGUCAAAUUGGUGAGUGGUGACCAGGAACAUUUGCAGCCAAAAUUCACCAGUAAAUGUGACGACUUGUGCACAAAUCAAAGUGAAAAUGGAACUAAGGAAUUUGGCAAAGUGGAAUGUUUUCGCGGCUGCCAGUACUUUAACAUUGAAUUUUUGAUGAAUGCACGUAAUAAAGACAAAAUUAUUGAUCUCAAUCAAUUGGUCGAACGAUGUGGAGCAUCUUGUAGUGAGGCCUACAAUGGUGAAAAAUUGAAGAAAGAGCAAUGUUUUCGUGGUUGCAAUGAAAUGAUGACGCUACAAGCUAAAGCACCACUAAUUAACGGUUGGUUAGUGUAUAUGGGUGCAACAGAUCGUAAUAUGGUUCUAUUACAGCCAGACUUUGACAUUCCAUCAAAGGAGGAUUGGGUUUUAUUGGACUCAAUGUGGCGUUCAAAUGAAUAUGAUUAUGAUUCACAGUACGGCAAUUAUGAUAAAAUCACAACACAAAUUGAGACGGUGCCACGGUACAUAGGCCGUGAAAAUUUCACCAUAAACUAUUGCAUACCGGUUUGGAUGUGGAUUCUACCACUAUUCUUGCUGGUCGCCUUUCUCUAUAUACACUACAGCAAUUAUAUUUACGGUAUGUUCCUCAACGAAGGUCUUCAGCAUGAAUUCGGAUUAAUUGGUCCGGGUCAAGUGAACGUUGUGCCAAUGAAUUUAACUGGUGGCGAUGAGAAAAAGUCCUUACGACCGCAGCGUCAAGAAUUUGCCGUGGGUACCGAUUUUUAUUUUUAUCCAUCGCCAGCAAUUCCACCACCAAAGUACAAUGAUAUCGCUGAAUCCAUUCUAAUGGACAGCAGUGACGAUGAAGAGGACAUUGUCGCAACAACCAACUGCAAUAAUGCAAACCAAAAGCAAACUGAUGUGCAUAUUAUAACAGCCAAAAAGGAGCCCGGCAAUAAAGACAAGAAAAACAGCGUGGUCGAUAUUUAGGUUUAAGUUUAAGUUAAGAUAAAAAAAAAAAACACUUUUUUGUGUGUGCAAUUUGUAUUGUGACAUUUCAAUGAAUUUCAGUUCAAUGGCGGGAGAUAUAAAAGCGACCACAUUACGAUUCGCGUGCUUUUACUUGGCCGCCGGUCAAUUUAGUUAAUCUUGUCAUUUACAAAGAAAAGCAGAAGACUACUUUUGACUUAUCAGUAUAUAUUGGUCAUAUAUUUAGUCGAGAAUCUCUCUACUGAGCAAAACAAGCAAAUUAUACAAAAUACUCCAUUCAAAUGCUGAAUUAACCAAACAACUCUUUCAAAUGGAAUCUGAAUGACCUUUUUUUGAGUAUU